GUCAAAUUGUGUCAAAUCAAAAAGCAAAGAAGCGAAGCAAAAAGGCAAAAGCCGUCUGCCCUAUUGAUGGAGUGUUGAGUUUUUCGUAAAAAUUUAAACAUUUAUUCAAAUUCUCUAGAAGUCUCGCUAUUUUUGUGUUUCCAAAAAUGGUUUAACUACAUUAGUACAUUACAAAAUACAUUUAGUGGCUGUGCACCAACUCUUGUAAACAAAUCCAAAAUGUCCGUUCCCAGCACUGGAUUGAGCAAAUUGAAAAAGAAACAUAUUCGCGUGAAACAUCAAAAAGUGAAAUUGUUCCGUGCUAAUGAACCGUUACUGUCCGUUUUUAUGUGGGGUGUUAAUCACACGAUAAAUGAACUUAGCCAUGUCUCAAUACCAGUUAUGCUGCUCCCUGACGACUUCAGGGCAUAUUCCAAGCUCAAAGUGGACAACCAUUUGUUUAACAAAGAAAAUAUGCCAUCUCAUUUCAAGGUGAAAGAAUACUGCCCUCUGGUCUUCCGAAACCUCAGAGAGAGGUUCGGUAUCGAUGACAUAGACUACAAGGAGUCACUGACACGGUUUAGAAAGCCAGAUAACUACCUCUGUUCGAGGCGCACCAAGCGGCUCGCGAGCGCGCUGCGGCGGUCCGCCACCGCGCCCUCUGGCGUCGGCGAACUGAAACCGGAGUCCGAGGGCUUGUUCCGCGACGCGAGCGCAUUCGUCAAGCGAGGCCUGACGAUUAAGCGACUGAGAUCGCAGCCGAUCCCCGAUGAAUCAUCAGGCAAGUCGGGGGCCAAGUUCUACCAGAGCUACGACCGGCUCUUCAUCCUCAAGACCCUGACGUCCGAGGAGGUGGAGAGGAUGCACUCCUUCCUUAAGCACUAUCACCCGUAUAUAGUGGAGCGGCACGGCAAGACGCUUCUGCCUCAAUACCUUGGCAUGUACCGCCUCACCGUGGACGGUAUCGAGCACUACCUCGUCGCUACCAGAAACGUCUUUUCCAACCACCUCAAUAUACACAAAAAAUACGACCUAAAAGGGUCAACAGUGGACAGGGAGGCGUCAGAGAAGGAGUUAGAAAAGGAACUGCCCACUUUGAAGGACAACGACUUUAUCAAGCAGGGAGUGAGGAUCGAUAUUGGUGAUGCGGCCAAAGAGAAGUUGCUGGAAACUCUUACUGCUGAUGUAGAUUUUCUAACAAAACUACACCUGAUGGACUACUCGCUUCUGCUGGGCGUGCACGAGUGCGGGCGAGGCGAGGCCGAGGCGGAGGCGGCGAGGCAGCGCGAGGCCGAGGCGGACAGCGAGGCGGACACCGAGUCCGACAGCGACACCGACAACCGCCACGGCGACAGAUGGGGCUACAACACGCCGCCGGACAGUCCGCGUGGGUUGGGCCGGCAGUCGUCGCUGCGGUACGAAGGCAUCAUCCCCGAGCUUGACAUCUACGCCAUUCCCAGCCAUGACGGUGCUCCCAAGAAAGAGAUAUAUUUCGUUGCCCUUAUCGACGUUUUGACGCACUAUGGGGUUAAAAAACAGGCAGCAAAAGCAGCGAAGACUGUAAAGUAUGGCAGCAACGUGGACGGGAUUUCAACCUGCGACCCAGAACAGUACGGCAAGCGGUUCAUAGAAUUCGUGGCUAAAGCCAUCGAGAGCAACUAAACCUACCUCUAUGUGGCCCGGCGGGUGCGAGGUACAGUCUUAUCGCUUAGACAUGUCCAAUUUUGAUAUAACCACCAACCGGAAUAUUAAAGUCAUGAAAUUACUCUUUAGUGCACACCUAUUGUAUGAGAGGUAUACUUUUAUUGUUUAGAUAUGUCCAACUUCGGAUAUGACUAGUGACUACAAACCGAAAUAUUAAAGUCAAGAAAUUGCUCUUUUAGUGCACACUGUACACUCAUUUUAUGAGUGGUAUACUUUUAUUGUUUAGAAAUGUCCAACAUUGAAAACAAUAUGAAUAUCUAUGAACUGAUAUUUAGAAAAAUAACUAAGCACACAAUUUGCAAUAAUUUCCAAAACUCGUUACUUAGCUUUUAUAAUGUUCCGCUAUCGUAGAAUAGUUCGUGAUGGAAAUUUAAAAUAAUAAUUAAUUGUUAAAAAACUAUAUCAUUGAAAAUUAAAUUUUUGAAAGUUAAAUAAAAUAUAAUGUUACUAUGUACUUGCUGAAACUCGAUGCAAAGUUUGAUAUACGAAGUAAUGGUUGGUGCACAUUUAGGCAGGCAUGUAACAAAAACCUGUUUGUUUUUUAUUUGUAUAUUGUCAAGAACUGAAGCUGCCUUGAAUAUAAUAUGUUCAAAUGACAAAGUCAUAAAUGACACAUUUCACAUUAGUUAACUUAAAAAAUUGCUGGUUUGACUAUAAAAAAAAAAACGAAAAGGAAGAAAACGUUUUUAAGGAUGAGGAAUUUUACGGAGGUUCGAAAAGUAUUCAUAACGAUAAAGCUUGCUUAAAUGUGUGCGAACCGUGAUGGCUGUUUUAUACGCAUUGUAAUUAAAAUCGUACGCCCAAAUCUGCUGGAUUUGCUGUGUUUUUCGUCACUUUGCCAAUAAAUAAUAUAAUAAAUAUAAAUAAUUUGCUUAGUUUCUGUCUAGUGUAGCGUUAAAAAUACUAUAUUGUAAGAUUUUGUUAUUUAUUAUUCUAUAAACGAUGAUUUUUGCUAGACUGUGCCGCGCACGGACUGUAACACGGUCGAGCCCGAAUGUAACAUGCUAAUGCUACGAACAUUAUAUGUUAUAAUGAAUAAUGAUAAUGACAAUUAGGUAAUUAAUUUCAAGUAAAGUACGCAUGGGCGAUUAAUUAAUUUUCAAUUGUCAAACAACUUUUAUCUGAGGAGUAAAGAGGUUUUGAAUUUUUUUAAUAGGAAAUCUGUCAACACGUCAAAUUUAUUAUUCCUUAGAUAAAAGUUAUUUGACGAUUGAAAUAUCGGUUCUUAGUAGAAUUGAGUAUUAAUUGCCUCGGGUUACAUAGCGUGUCAUAAUCAUUUACUAACUAAACUGUCGUUGAAAAAAACAUCUGUUACGCAUGAGCAUCCUUCGUAUAUUAUCUGUAACAUGUAACAAGCAUGUGUAACACGGACGAGCCCGGAUUCGGUACGGCCUAGUAUGGAUCAUCCCUAACAGUUUUAAGACUUGGAUUGUUACGGUGGUAUUUGUGAUUUAUUAGGGCGUUUGUGCACUCAUUUGUAUUCAUAUUCGUUAAAAUAACGAUUCGAAGUGACCGUCAUAUAAAAUGUACAUAGUCUACGCUUGACACUUGAUUCGUAUUUAUUUAUACGGAUCCGGCAAAAUACGAAUCAAAUGUGUGCUUGUGCACGUACAUUUUGUAUGAUGGCCACUUUGAAUCGUAUUUUUACGAAAACGAAUACGAAUCGAAUCGAAUGAGGGCACAAACGCUCUUAUUCUGUGAAAGCUGAAGACGUGUUACGCGGAGUAUAAUAAAUAUUCGAUUCGGUAUCUAAUUGGUAAUUGUUAAGGUUUUAUCAUUAAUUUCUUUAAAAUUGUAUUUUUUAACAGUUUUAUUUUAAAAUCGCGUAUUACGUAAGUUCUUUGAAUAAUAAAGCUGUGUUGGAUCGGAGGACAAAUCGAGUAGAAAAUAUUUGUGCUAUGACCUUCGUAAGAUAGUACCUACAUAGCGUGCCUUCAUAGAUGCAAAUAGACACUACUUACUCUGACAUUUUUAAAUAUAUUUUAAUGUAAAAUCAAACAAAAACAGAAAUAGUUAUACUGCUCGAGUUACGGAGUGAUGAUGCCGAUGACCUUUUAUUUGAAACGCAUAGUAUUAUUGGCGUCGAAUGUGCGUACCUAAAUGCGUACCCCGUGCAUGCCACUGACUCUGUUUUAGUCAUGUAAAACCAGUGCCCACUUGUGGACCUAAAAAGUGUCCACUCUAUUUUUUCUUUUGUAUUUAUUCAUAUUAUUAUGUCCGUCCCAGCGCGGCUUUAUUAUUCCAGAAAUAUA